CGUCAUUACGUUCAACUUCCGUUCCUCCGCCAUUUUGUGAAUGGACGCCGUUGCUAUCGACAUCCAGAAAAGAGACUAAAAUAAAUGCGAUUCUGAGACUAUUCAACACGAUUUACAGUCAUUUCGGUUCCGUUAUAACCUAAGACGUUUUCCUCAAGAAAACACGACGUAAUAGCGCGCAUUUUCGCCGAGAAUUGAACAAAGAUGUCGGAGGAGCAGAAUCUAGGCGAAGACUCGAUGAUGAUGAUGAUGAAGAUGGAGGAUGAUGAUGGAGAGGGUUUAGGUGAAGAGCAGAUGCCGGGCGCUGAUGAUGAGGGCGGACAGGGAGAGGCGGAGGGCUCCAAGAUAGAUGCCAGUAAAAACGAGGAGGAUGAAGGGAAAAUGUUCGUUGGAGGGUUAAGUUGGGACACAACUAAGAAAGACUUGAAGGACUACUUCACCAAAUUUGGAGAGGUGGUCGACUGCACCUUGAAACUGGAUCCUUUGACAGGCCGGUCCAGAGGAUUUGGCUUUGUUCUGUUUAAAGAAGCUGAGAGUGUAGAAAAGGUGAUCACGCAAAAGGAGCACAAACUGAAUGGAAAAGUGAUUGACCCUAAGAAAGCAAAGGCCAUGAAGUCCAAAGAGCCUGUGAAGAAGAUAUUUGUGGGAGGUCUUUCCCCAGAUACUCCAGAAGAGAAGAUCCGAGAGUACUUUGAUGCCUAUGGAGAGGUGGACUCCAUUGAGCUGCCAAUGGAGAAUAAAACAAAUAAAAGACGAGGUUUUUGUUUCAUAACAUUUAAAGAGGAGGAACCAGUAAAGAAAAUUAUGGAGAAGAAGUACCACAACAUUGGUUUAAGUAAGUGUGAGGUCAAGGUGGCCAUGUCAAAGGAGCAGUACCAACAGCAGCAGCAGUGGGGCGGAAGAGGAGGAUACUCCUCCAGGUCCAGAGGGAGAGGAGGUCCCAAUCAGAAUUGGAACCAGGGAUACGGAAACUACUGGAAUCAAGGUUAUGGAAAUUACGGGAACUAUGGCUACAACAAUCAAGGCUAUGGUGGAUACGGGGGCUAUGAUUACUCGGGUUACAACAACUACUACGGAUAUGGUGACUACAGCAAUCAGCAGAGCGGCUACGGCAAAUCCCUGAGGCGAGGCGGCCAUCAAAACAGUUACAAGCCGUAUUAACGUUUAAACUCCACCAGAAACGUGCAGGUAUGUUGUUGCGUUGCUCACAGUGAUGCAUCUUUAGUUUUCUAAAUCAUCACGAUUUGAUCUUUUUGUAAUGUACAUUGCUUAAUUUUUGUUUUUCUUUAAAGUUUCACAGCACCCUGAAGUGCUUUACAGUAGUGGUAACAUAGAGACUUUUGGCAGUAAUGUAACAGCUGGCUUUUGGCUGUUUCUUGCCAUUUUGUAACUGUAAAAAUUAACAGGUACAGUACUGCUAAAUGGGUACCAGAAAAUAUGGAAUUACAAGGAAAGAAAACCGAAGAAUGUUGUCUCCUAACUCUGACAUAUACCUUGUUUGUACCUGCCAGCGGGGACUUCCUUGCAGGCCAUGAGCUGACUUCCCGAUUGUCUCAGGCCCGCUCAAUGCGGACAGGGUACGAGAGGCGUACGCUCUCGAAUGCUCCCAUUUGGUAUGGUCUUCCAACAUCCUGUAUACGAAUUGUAAAAAAACAAACAAAAAAAGCAACAGCAACUACAGCAACAAAAAAAAAAACAUAAAAAGGACACGUCAAGCUUUUAUCUUCUCUUUUGUUUUUGCUUUCCUCUUAAAACUUCUUGGGAUUGGUUUUAUGUAAUGAUAUAUUAUAAUUUAAUGCCAUUUUUUACAGGCACCAUCAAGUAAUGGUAAAAUAUGACGAGAGCCGGAAUAAAAUUAACUGUUCACUUUUUGAAGGAUACGGCUUUCUCUGGACUUUCCAGUGUUAAUAUGCACUUCUAAUCUUACCUGUAAUGCUUGCUUUUCUUUAUUUGUAGCUCGUGUAGCUGUAAUUUCCUGUAGUCCAUGAGCUAAAAGCCGGUUUGUACUCGGACGCCGCUGCGCUGGAGAAGUGCUUUUUUAUAUUUGUAUUGUGUGAUUUUCUACUGACAGCGGUGGAAAAAGCUUCACCUGUAAACAGUGUUAAUUUCAUCUAACAAAUUCUCUUUUUUUAACCUUUUGAAAUCGUGGAAAAGUCAUAUUGUUCAUGAGAACUUAUGCUUGUAAUGCUUUCCUUUUGUGUUUUAAUUUCCAUCAAUUCAAGGUUUUGCAUUAAAUGUUAUGAGCUCUAUUGCACAAGUUGUUAAUUUCACAACUAUUAUUCUAUUUCAAAGUCACGUCUUGUCUCCUUAUUGAAAUUAUUAAAGAAUUGGGAUUCCUUUACAUUUUAUGAGUUUGUGUCUUUCUGAAGCAUAAUUAAUAUUUUCUUCUUUGUUUUUCAGAUGGAAGGGCGAAUUGAAAGUUCCCCCUGAGAGGAGAAAACGAGAGGGCGAGACAUGUUAAAUAUGGAGUCGAUCAACACGUUACUACACUUUGGUCGCCAGAUCAAAUCUGAAAUUGCUUUCAUGGACACACACAAAAGUUUCAAGUGUUAUUUCAAUUGAUAGUCAUCCUGAAUUUUUGUUUUUGUGUUUAAUUUGUUCUAGAGCUUGUGAAGGUUUAUAGUCGUAUUUCCUGCUGUGUAGCUCUUAUACAUUUCUGUGUUGAAUACAAAAAAACCAUAAAGAGCCCAAAUCAUUUAGAAACUAUUUGUAUACAGUUAUAUUAAUUUAUUGCUUACAAGUGCGUACAGAGUGUAGGCCAUUUAAUAUUCAUUUCAUAUUGCAGUAUUUUGCUACAGAGUCAUGUAAACCAUUGAAAAAUACUAUGAAAUAAAUUGUAUGAACCUUAAGCCUGUUAUUUCUUCAGAGAUUAAAGUAAUAGUUCACCCAAAAA